CAAGUCCGCUUUACACAUUGAAAUAGAUAAUAAACCGAGACAGUCAUUCGACUAGGCACACGUCAAAGCGAAUAUCGAUAUAGCACUCACAGUACCUGUGGAAAACCCAAUUGUUAUUGUUCACAUGUCAUGUAUAGUGGAGACUUAAUUGUGCGUUCGUGUGAUACAUCGGGGAAAAACCACUUAUUUAGCGUAACAGUGUAAUAUAACAUAAACUAUACAUGAAAAAUACGCCCAGGAAAUCGAUAUCAUAGAUUUUUUAACAAAUGACAUUUGCUGGAUACUAGUUAUCGGAUAAUGACAGUUGUUAUUUGUAAGAAACACGUGUACUUACUGCGGUGUUAAGUUACUCGGCGCAUUUGUGUUACGAAACAAAUUAUAAUUUUAAAAAAUGAAAUGUGCUUGACAAAAAGGACCUGUUUUUAAAUACAUGGAUGUAAAACGAUGGGUAUAAAUUGCUGACUUUAAUAAGUCGUAAGUUGUCGACAUAAAUACCGGAAGAAAAUUAAUUCCUACGAUUUAUAGUGCACUAAAUGUGCUAUUUCUCGACCGGUAUACUAAACUUAAAAAAAUAGUUUAAUUGUAGUACAUGAAACGUUGAACGCGAGUGUGGUGAUACAAUAUUUUAUAUUUUACUAUAUAUUAAAUUAGCUUUAUAUAGUAGACUGGAAUUCACUAUUAGUGCUGGAUCAGUAUUAAACGCUGGUAGUGACUAGGGCGUUCAUUUACCGCAUCUUUGUGGGUGUUCGACUGUGUGUUUUUCCGCAUUUUAGUUCGUCCGCUCAGCGUUCAUGUGUUCAGAUGAGAUGGCAAAUGAUGACGUCAAAGUAGGAAACACCAACAAAAGCAACUCUAAGGAUGUCCUUCACAUUUUCAAGCGAAGUGCGUCGGAAGCCUCAAUCCAGACGACCAUGCAACAGAUGGAGAGGAACUACUCAAAGCUGGGGGCCACUGGGAAAAGUCCUUCUUCUGUGCGCGUGAAGGUCGCGAGCGCGUCCGCGAGUCGAGGAAAGCUGCUCGUGGCUUCAUUGAACAAUCUGGACCAUUGUUUAGAAAACGGAAACGCGGCAGACGACACUGAGUUUGCGGGCAGACGAGAUGUGUCGAACCCGGGAACCAUAAGAGAGAAGCAGAUUGUCAGUUCGAGAGGCAGUAUACGGGGAGUUAAAAAUAGAGUCCGCGCUGGAAUUGCCACGUUUCUCGAGCAGAAUGGAUUUUCGCGCGACUACCGCACGGAGGAGAAGGGGAAGGUCAUCGUGUACACAACCAGCAUGACGGUGGUGCGCAAGACAGCGGACCACUGCAAGGCGAUACGUAAUAUCCUGCAGACGCAUAUGGUGCGCUAUGAGGAGCGCGAUCUCUUUAUGAGCGCCGAGAACCAGCGGGAGCUAACGGAGAGGCUGGGGCAGAGUGCAAUUGUGUUACCGCAAGUGUUCGCUGACGGCGUCCAUAUAGGGGACUUGAACGCCGUACAACAUCUCAACGAGACGGGGGAGCUACGCCAUAUGUUCGAAAACUUCACGAAAAUCCAGGUUCGAUCCAACUGCGAGAAAUGCGGCGGCUAUCGGUACCUCCCCUGUGCCAUGUGUCACGGCUCGAAGAAGUCGCUUCACCGCAACGACUUCACGGAAGAGUUCUGUGCCCUUAGGUGCAUGACCUGCGACGAAAACGGACUGGUCAGGUGUGACCUUUGUAUUGACCAGCAAGAAUGACCGGAAGAAACUAAAAUAGUUCUUUAUUUUUGGAGUGUAGCCAAGAAUAUACGUUUAUAGGCCAAUGAAGUACUGCUCAGAUGUGGGAGUAUCACUGUCGGAACCCACAUUUGCUCAAAAUUUCAAAUGGAAUGAUUCAUGAUCGAACGCUAUAUAACUUGAUCAAAUUGAGUUGUUUUUAAAUGUUCAAUAUGGGUUAAUUAUAUAACCGGUGUAAAUAACUGCAUGUGACAAGCUAGAACUGACUGUGGUUAAAUUAUACGAAAGCUUGAAAUGAGAAUAAGUUCAUGUCUGAAGUGUUUUCUAUGACGAGUUAUCAUUUAGACUAGCCAUGAAUUUGAAUAAAAGUGUAUCACAAGAGAAGAGCAUUUCAAAACGACUGGAGUGCAUGCGCCGCCACUAUUCUGGAAAGACCAUAACAUGCUCUGUAAAUUAAAAAAAAAUCUGAGUUAUUGCCCUUGGUUUGAAAACCUAACUAACCAGGCGCGUCUAAUGUUAUUAUUGUUGUUUAAAAGAGAUACCAGUAUUUCCGCUGUUACUGUAUUUUUUGGCUUAAUGGAAAUAACUUCUCAGAGUAAAAAUCCACUUUAGGGGGAAAGUGUCGUCCCUAAUUAGCCGAAGCGGACUGCACAGGCUAAUCUGGGAAGACACUUUACGCACAUGCUUUAAGCCCCGUGGUCCUAGAGCGAGGCUCAUUGUCAUUUGGUUUUAACUCGUUUACCCUCAAAUGUUCGAUGCGUUCCAUAGACGCAACGGGCAAUAAACUGGUUCGUCCCUUGAACAAUUAUUGCGUAAUAAGAUAUGUUUACGACGUAAAUGCAAACGCUGGUGUAUAGUUUUUACCGGAAUUGCGGUGAAUUUCGUUGACGUAUGGUGCAAUCGAAUUUGUACAACACUGACGUUCCUAUUAUUUUAUAUUGGUUUGUAACUCUUUAAAACAAAUAUAAUCAGCUUUAGUUCGUAUGAAUGUGCAAACGCAUAUUGUGAAUAAACACUUGUUAACUUACAAUGAAACUAAUAAAAAAGAAAUUCAAAUCUUCUCAUUUAAACAGUGAUAGUCAUAUUCUUGCAUUCAGCAUUCCUUUCUUUGAUUCCGUGAUCUUGCAUAUGCGCUUAAAUUAUAGCUCUACUUUCAGCUUUUUUUCUCCCUCGAAAAUGUGUAUUAUAUUGGCCUUAUGUUGUUGUUUUUUUACCCUUCGUCUUGUUAUGCGUUUCAAGGGGAGUAACUCUUCACGUCUCCGCAUCUACCUCUAUACAUACAGAGUUGCUUUUCUUUUCACGUCGGUUGUCUGGGAUUAAUUGCUCACACUGUCAAAGGAACGAAAACACACACGUAGUCUUAAUGAAAUGUGUUUUUAAUAUUAUUGUUUUACACUGAAACGAAAGCAGAGCAUUUUGUUAUGGAUAACAAUUAUUCAAAGAAAUACAUAUUGCUGUUGUUUUUUCUCAUUAUCAUGAUGUGCUGUUCGAAUGUUGAUACGACUGUUUUUAUGUCAUUUAUUCGGACCACUAAUUAUGAUUGUUACUUGAUUUAUGGUAAUAACAAUUUUUGGGAAACUUACACAAAUCUUAUAACAUUUAAAAAGUAUUUGGCUAUACGAAUACUUGUUAAUGUAACAGUAUACAAGUUCAUGCAUCUCUGUAUGUUUCAUUCUUCCGUUGAUUACAAAUCACGUAUUUGAUAUUGAUUGUUAAUUAUAUGUGUUACAAUAUGUUUACGGAUUGUUCCAUGUUUAUAUCGGCUCUGUCGUCUAGGUUCUUUUUGCUGACCCACCAGUUUAAGUGACAUUUUUACUCUUAGUGUAUGCUAUAAUUUGAUAAUUAUGUUUGCACAUGAUUACAGUUCAUUCACAUGCUCAAUGAUUAAAAUACUUAAACCAAAUUUCUGCGACUAAUUUAAAUAACACCGAAGUAUUAUUUAUUUUCCUAUUACUUUUUUACAAUUUCCAUCAGGCAAUAAAACAUCGUUAAUGCUAACAGUUAUAUUAAAUAACUGAGUUCAUAAAUAAUUGUUCUUUUAAAAUAUUAGAAUAAUGAAAUUAUAUUAUAAAUGUUUUGAGUACAAUACAUUUUCAAACGGUGCCUGCGUUGUUUGACGGUUUACGCAAAAAGUCAGACUUUCUCAUGAAACAGUAAACCUGAUGUUAGAGUUUUUAGUAUAUUUACUCACAGAUUUAAUGUUUAAUAUUAUUUAAACAAAUGUUCUUUUUCAAACUGUCCAUUGUAUAUUUCACAAGGGUCGCUGUCCACUGAUCGCACAUAAUUUAUAAAAAUAGACUGGUACAUCGAUUACGAUUGUAAUACGAACAUGGAGCAAAAUGGUACUUCAACGAUAAAAUAUGUAGGUUGUAAUUUACCAAAUAUUUUUGUUGAUUGUUACUUGUUAUAGUAAUCAUAUUAGUUACAUAUAUUGUAUUUGUUUUUUUACGUGCAAUGCAUAUUCAGUAUAAAUAUAUGCAUGUAAAAUGUAUGCAUAAAUGAAGGCCUUAUCAUUAUAUAGACAUGGUUAUUUUUCCGUUCGCGUACAUAUGUAAAAGUCGCAACUAGCUAAAUUAAAUAUGAGACACGCUCUGGGGAAAUCGGUGCUUUAUGUAUGUGCGUAAAGUGUCAUCCCAAAAUAAGCAAAGGCAAAUCAGGGACGACCAUUUCCGCCUUGACUGGAUUUUUGUUUAGGAGAUACUUCCUUUAAACGAAAAGUUCCACAAAAGCGGUAAGUGUCGUCCCAGUUUAGCCUCUUCAGUCCGCGCAGGCUAAUAUGGGACGACACUUUACGCAUAAACAUAAAGCCCCGUUUUCCCCGAGCGAGGCGCAUAUUUAUAACAACAGGACUCAUACGCUUGAAGAUGCAUUUUGUUUUCUGGUUUAAUAAAAUUCGUUUCUUUGUACAUGUAUUAUUACGUCGAAUGUUUCGAGUCUACACAAAGUGGUUGUUUUGUCCCUUCAUCAAAUCGUGUUGAAUUGCUGGCUGUUUUUACAAUUUUGAUCUUGCCAAAAUACCAAUGAAUAAACAAUUUAUAAAAAAUUUA